CAAGCGGGUGUUGUUGUUGUUGUCGUUGUGUUGUUUUGUUGUGAUUUCAAAUAUUGCACGGCGAUUUAUCAACCAACAAAUAUGGAUGCAACUGCAAAGCCUUCGGCGAAAUUGGGAAGACGAGGCUUUAGUAUAAAGGAUACUAUAAAGGGUUUCAAAUUUGACUUUAAUGAUCCUCAGUUUAUCGGCUUUCUUGUUGCCAUUUUUGCCGUUGUAUUAACUUAUGUUAUUCUGAAGCUCUUCCUUCGUCAGCGUACCGCUCGUCGAAGCAUAUUGCUGUUAGGCUUAUGUGAUGCAGGAAAAACUUUGAUUUGGUCAAAGUUGUUAUAUGGGCGCAAAGCUGAUACUCAUACUUCAAUCAAAGAGAAUGUUGGUGACUAUCAGACAAACAAGGGUCUUCUCAAAAUAAUUGAUAUUCCUGGUCAUGAAAGAUUACGUAUGAAGUUUUUGGAUCAGUACAAGAGUUCGGCACGUGCUUUGAUCUUUGUUGUUGAUGCCAUGACUUUUCAAAAAGAUUUACGAGAUGUUGCUGAGUUUUUAUAUAACAUCCUGCUAGACAGUGUUAUUUCCCGUAGUAACCCAGCCAUACUAAUUCUUGCCAAUAAACAGGACAAACCUAUGGCCAAGGGCAGUUCUCUUCUUAAAACAAACCUGGAGAGGGAGCUGAAUCUCCUCCGUGACACCAAGGACAAACAGUUGGAUAGCAUUGCUGAUAAGAAUGUUGCCCAUUCAUACCUUGGAAAAGAGGGUAAGGAUUUUACUUUCUCACAACUCACUGCUCAGAUUGACUUUGCUGAGACAAGUGGUCUCUCAGAUGACCCCAGUGGUAUUGAGCCUGUGAAAGUUUGGCUGGCAUCUGUUGCUUAAAACAUCUUUUAUCCUUGAGUUAUUUAUUAUUGUGUUUCUGUCUGUUAAUUUUCUGUGGCCUUCAUUCAUUUUUUUUUUCAAAGACUGUACCUUAGUAACAAUAUCGGUAGCACUCAAAUGAUAUCAAUUACGAAGGAUAUGUUGCCAAUUUACUUGUGUGCUCUGAAAGGUUCAUUCUAGAGUUGAAAAUACAAAUGAUCAUUUCAAAAUUCCAAUGGUGGUUUUUGUUUCAUUUUUUUGUGAAGCUCAAGAUUCAUGUUCAAUGAAUUGAUCAUUUGUGUGAAUUAUUUUAAAUUCAAUUUUACAAGGAUUCAGUGGUUUUUAGAAAACUGUGUGUUUGUGUAAAUUGUUUUUAAAAUCUCAUGUUUUUUUCUUAUGAUCCUGAAACAUUUUUGGUGAUGUUUCUCUGAAGAAAUGAGUUUUGGGAAGUCAAUGUAAAAGUUGUUUAGUAAUUUCAUACAUUUAUUUGUUGAUAUUUACAAUAAAAUUACAAAUUUUGUAUUAAAACAAUGCUUUGAUUACAAAACCAGAACACCUGUAUACGAGGGUAUAAGUUAACUUUUUCUUGACAACGCUACCUUAUUUUCUUUUAUGUCAUCUCAAAAUUUUACGCUGGACUAGAUAGACAUUUAUGUAUUUUGCGCAUUUAACCAAUUCCAAAUGCAGUCCUUUUAAAAGUAAAAUUCACAAUGUAAAAUGUAAGUCAUUUGCAGGACUUCAAAUUUUCUUGCCAUGAUCAAAUUACAUGGCCAAAUUUCACUCGUUAACCUAAAUAUAAUACUGCUCGAAUUUA